GAACGUGAAAUACGCCACGUUGAUAAAGUAGAUGAUAAUAACAAUGGCGAAGUGUCCUCAAAUAUUGAAUUCUCCAAAUACGAGACAGCUUGUAGCUACUUUGCAUAGCUAACAGCUGCGUUUACUUCGAAGCUUCAAACUUUAUUUGAAACUGCAACACAAAGCUUGUACUUUAAUAUACGUAUACAGGUUGAAGAAACAUGGCCGUACAAAGAGAUCCGCGUAUAGGAAUACCGUGUGUACGACAUACAGACUCUAAGAAUAAGUAAGAAGUGAAACUUUACCAAUUUCAUCGUAUCGCCGAGUUUGUUAUAGCUGUUAGCAUCGCAAAUAUUGAUUGACCGUUCGAAAGGGGUGGGACAAACGCGACGGGUCGAGUUCAUCGAUCUUUUAAUUCCUCAAAGAUACCCGUAAAUUGAAAAAUCAGGCGCCUCGAUGUACAGUCAUCGACAGAUGCAAGCUAAAACUUGCGACAGCACUUUUACCUCGGCGACAUUGAUCAUCGUUUAAUCGAAUUUGCAUUCGAUGAUUAAAUGCUCAUCUCAACUGCAGCACGGCCCAAUCCAAGGCUCUAAUUCAUAGACGCAAUUACCAUAAUUACACAUGUACGUUUUAAAUCAAUUGCGAUUAAUCAUUUUAAACAAAUUAAUUUGCCCGGUAUACCGAACGCGAAAUUAGUCGAACGAUUUCGAUACUCAACCGAUAAUCUUCGAUCGUAUCACCCAGUUUUCUUUUGUUUGUAGGUGUAUAACUUGUAAGGAUUAUAGGGAAUAAUAGGUUGUAAGAAAGUAGAGGAAAACAUCAACAAAACGCAGCAGGAAUAAUCGUUCGAACUAUUGGAAAAAGUGUGCAAUUAGCGGAAAGAAAUUCGUAGAUAUAGGUAUGUAUAUAUGUAUAUCUCUUUUGUUCUCGUCGAACGUGCGGGUUUUAUAGUUACUGCACCUCUGCUACAGCGUUAUUAUAGUAGCUGAGGCGUGGUACUACAACUUGUUGCUGAACGCGUUGACUUUAACGCCAUUUUACCGGACUCUGCGGUAGUAAAUUCCCGUGUGCGUGCAGCUCGUGUUCAUUGACAUCACGUUAUAUUGUAUUUUCAUACGUAUGUAUAUAUUAUGCAAGCGUAUUUGCAUAAAACUACAUCUACUACCGAUGCAGCACGAUGCUAUAUGUGCACAAGGGUAUGUCGGAUAUAACUAUUCAACUAUUUUCAAGACGCAACGCAUAAUGAAGUUAUGAUAAAGCGUGGAAACACUUUUGAUAUGGAUACAGAAAUGGAGAGAAAAGUCGCUGCUUGAAAAGCAGAUCGCGCUCUACGAAUAAAUAAUUAUGGGUAGGAAAAUUCAGAGUCUCCCAACCCCCGCGCCAUGUCUAGCCGCAAUUGAAAAUGGCGUCUAUAGCGUCUGUGCAGCUGCUGGAAAAUCUUGCGGCUCAAUUAAAAAAAAAAACGAUUUUCGUUUCCCCGUUAACUACACCGAUUGUAUAAUACCGAGAGCUUUUUCUUUCCACUCCCUAACUUCUCUCUCUUUUCUGCCCUCUCCCUCUCUACUAUUGAAUCGACUUGCAACUCUCCACACCAUGCUUUCACCCCCGAUCAAACGAACGACGCAACAAUCUAUAUACUCAAUAAGCUCCGACAAUUAAUCAGAGCUUUCUUCUGAUAAAUAUUGAAAAUUAAUUAGUGUUGAUUUUCGAUUGCGGUAAUAAGUUUGCGCGUGCAAUGUUCGUACUAAUAAAUAAUUGAAGGUGAAAGCUUUCAUCACACCGUUGAUUAUCCACCCCUGCAAACACAGCGCAUUUGUAAGGCUUCAUUCCUCAUUUUGGUUUUUACCUCUCGAUGCACGAUAAAUUUUGAUUUUUGCAUUUAUAUUUUCCUUCCCCGUUCACUUUUUCGUCGUUUUUAUCGCCAAUCUCGGUUUUAAUGCUAAUUGCACGGCUGCGAAGCUACCGGGGAAAAAUGAGGGAGCUGGGACGAGUUAAUUUUGUCGUUAAGUAAUCUGUACGCGUUUUCGGCGACGCAGCCAACGAGGCUAUUAUUUUUAUUAAAAAUGAAAAUCGUUUCAUCGGAAUUUCGAAUUUCCUCCCCAAUAUAGGUAAGUAUAUACUUGUAACAUAAUGCCUGCGGAAAAUAUCUAUACCUCAAUCUUUACUUACGAAAAGUAAAGUCGUUGCCAUUUCUUCGUUCAACUUUGCAACUAAGCCCGUUUAAGUCACAUCAUGACGACCGGUCAACUUUCUUGUGAAACUUUGUUUGACAACUAUUAACGGAUUUGUCCGAGACGCGGAAUGGGGUGGUCCAUGCAGCACGAGAGUGACGAAAAAAAUCUCGGAAAUGGUAGAUGGCGAGCUCGGUUUUGGUAUAACGACCCAAUUUCAUACUAACACUCGUAAAAAGUAAUCUUUUCUACGGAACGUAAUGAAAAAUGUUAUGAAAUAUUGUCAGGAUUCCGAUUAAAUUCGCUAUUAAUUAUUCCAUACAUAUAUAAUCCGCACCACGGCGGAUAUGCAGCCUUUUACAUCCCGAAUAAUAUAAAGUAAAACAGCUUGACCUUUAUCCAAACACCUUGCGCUAACGGUUAUUUAUCAAUGGUCAAUUUACUAAUCGAGUAAUAACGUAUGCAGGGAUUAAUUAUGCCUGAAAUUGUACAGUUUCAGUCGCAUUUUGUACCAGAAGUUACUUCGUUCAUAAAAGUAGUCGGUAGACUUAAAAAAUACCUACAUAAAGCGCAUACGUAUGGUAUAAGAGUACCCAUUAUCAUUCGAGCUUUAUAAUAUGACCACGAUUUUUGGUCGUACUAACAACAUUUUCAUAUGGCAGGAUUAUCCGUAUAAUUGUCAGACUGUAAUACUGUGUAUGCAGCUAUACUCUCUGUGGCGGCAUAAUCCGUGCUUACAACCUCCAGCGUUGGAUUUGGGUGCCGCCCAAGAGCUUUUUAUUUUAUCACCUUCAAAGGUCAUCGAUUCGGAUCGGUGGCGCCAUCCAACAUAUACAAGGACAAAUAGGGGUUGAAACAUUUCGCAGUUUCGACGUGGGAGAUUUUUACCGUUUUUACCCAGGUGAAUGUUCGACCACGUUGGCAUAUUAUCUGACGUUUGCUCAAUUUUGACGUAAAGGUUAGACAGCUGUCACGAGAAACUUGCUCCAAAAACACAAUGAAUAAUUUACAACGAUGUUUCAAUCUAUUAAGAGAAAAUGAAGCCAGCAUUUAUUCGGAAGUUUGUUGCGUUUUAGUAAAACUUUGCAAUAAUGUGAUUAAAAAUCCAAAUGAUCUGAAAUAUCGAAAAGUUCGGCUUAGCAAUCCUACAGUUAUAGCCAAACUUCUACCUGCUGUUGGAGCUAUGGAAUGUCUAUUUGAAAUUGGAUUUGUCGAACAAGACGAUCAUCUGCUGCUACCAGAAAAUGCAUCUCUCUCCAAUUUACAAGAAUUCAGACGUCUUCUUUCUGAGCCCCAAACACAGAAAGUGGAAGGAGUCCAGCCAGCAGUCGAACGCCCGGAUCCACUGAAUCGUAUUAACAAUAGUCAGGAGGUUGCACAACCGAGAGCUCCAGCUGCUCAAUCGAUGACUUCUGAAAUUAGACGCAACGGUAGCUUCUCAGCACAGGAAUCAACAUUUUUCCAGCAGAUUGAAAAAUAUUUUUCUGAUGUUCUGAAAUAUGAGAAUGAGAAGCUACAAGAAAAAGCCAGAGCAGUUGUCCCUUUAAUAGAUUUGCGGAUUAGUGCAAUGGAGAAAAUGAGGCUAAUUCAAAAAGAUGUGAAGGCAACCGGUGAUAGUAAGUCAGUGGAAGAUAUUUCUAUGGAAGAUUUACUUCUUGCUGAGGUUUUGAAGUGGUUCAAAGAAAAAUUCUUCAAAUGGAUGGAUAAUCCUGAAUGUACCAAGUGCUCAGAAAAGUGUUCAUUCCAAAAAGUAAUUCCUUCCAAAAAUGCAGGUGUAUCAAGAAUCGAGAUUCAUAGAUGCGAAACAUGCGCCAACACUGUCGAAUUUCCUCGCUAUUCGGAUCCUACUUUUCUCCUCCGUACCAGACAAGGACGCUGCGGAGAAUGGGCGAAUACAUUUGCACUGAUUUGCCGUUCUCUGGGGUAUGAUACCCGAUUUGUGUGGGAUUACACUGACCAUGUCUGGGUGGAGAUAUGGUCAGUGGCUGCUAAUCGAUGGAUACAUGCAGAUCCGUGUGAAAAUGUGAUGGAUCGUCCUCUAAUUUACGAGAAAGGUUGGGGAAAAAAGCUGAGCUACAUUUUCGCUUUUUCCAAAGACGAAAUCCAAGACGUUACUUGGAGAUAUACGGCAGACCAAAAAACUCUAAUGAAAAGAAGAAAUCUGUGUUCCGAGACGCGUUUACUAGCAUUCUUGACUUCAUUAACGAACACGCGACGUCGAACUAGUUGUUCAAUUCCACGACAACAGUAUCUGAUACGAAGAUCCCUCAUAGAACUAGUGGAGCUGAUAACUUACCAUUUCGGAAAUGAAAAUAGAGAUAAAAGUAAUACCGACAACUAUGAAGGCAGAACAUCUGGAUCACUUGCAUGGAGAUUGGCUCGGCAUGAAACCAAAGUUGACUCAAGCUCAUCCUACGUAUGGCGCAUUCCUGCAGAUAUUGCAUCGGUUGACUUCAGUUAUACGGCAUCGUCAGACGAAUAUAUUUUAACUGACAGCAGUAAAAGAAUUUUGCAGAAGCAGAUGGGCUGGGAAAAAGGUAUCCAUGAAGUGAGUGGAGGAAUGUUCCGUAAGGUCGAAAAUGACUGGAAAAUGGUUUACCUAGCCCGUAGCCCGGACAAUGAGUGUGGAAAAAUAGAGUGGAGUUUCGAAUUAUCAGAUUCGAGCUGUGAGAUUGAUGAAGUCAAUUUUCGGGCCAUCACUGCCGUUUUUUCCAACGCAAGCAUUGAAUGGAAGAUCCAAGGAUUUUACAAAAAUGGAAAAACUAGAGUAAUGUCCGUCAUCAAUGCCGAACAAUUCAAAACAGAUCAGCUAAGAGGUGCUUGGAAAAUUAGUUUAUCAGCUGUGCUAAGUGGAGGUGAUAAGGACUUAGCGUGGCAGCACGCCCAAUUAUUUCGUCAGAGUUUAGAUGCAACGGACAAUUCUAUGGUGGUCAACAUUACAGUGCGUAAGAUAAAUUGAACUAUUUUAAUCAAAGGUCAAAUUGGUGUUCGAAGAUUCGAAUUGAUACGACGUAAUACAAACAUCAAGUUGACUAAACAUUUAUUAUACAUGAUUCAUGUAAUAUAUCGAACAAUCAAACUUUUUUUUUCCUACAAGUAUAAAAAAGACCAAAAUCCCGAAUACGAAAACACAGCAAUUGACAAUUUCGUUGUAUAGGGAUAAUUUAUCACAUGAUUUGUGAGUUAAUUGUAAAUAAAUUGAUAAUCAUGCAUUUGUACGACCUCCUGAGGUAUUGAGCAUGUAUAAAUUGGAACUACGAUUGCAAGACUAUAUAAUGGGAAUAUCGCAAAUAUCUCCCACAAGUAGAUGCAUAAAUAACAUAUUAAAAUUCAUGGCGAUCCAGACUUUCUUUGGUACAUGAAAAACUUCCACAUGGUACCUAAAUUAUUAUACAAUAAAGCAAUAGCAAGAGUCAUGAUUUUCAAUAGUUGUGGAAAAAAAUCAAUAAAUAUACUUCUCGUACGUCAAUAUAAA